AUGUCCUUUCUUCUGGCUGUCCGUUGUGAUCCCAUCGAUCAUGCAUUGUCGGCAUGCUUAGCCAUUGCGUCACAGCAGGCGGAACCAACAAGAAGCGAUCGGGAAUUACCCUCGUUGGCCGAACCCCUAACGCAACUUGACUUUAUUUUUUAUUGGAUGGUCAGCAAAUACCACCGCCAAGAUUCCAUUAAUUGCUUAAGUAAAUUAUUAUUCAAGUUUUCUUUCAUUUUUGCAUUUCUUAGGAGCAUGAUCUACAGUGAUUCCAAUUCUCAUAGCAGGCUGCCUAUGGAGCGUACUAAUCCUACCGAUGUUCAGAUGCCAAUGCAAUUUAAUCUCGUAAGCAACUUGACCAAAAGAAACACUGCCGAUGCUAUAUUACCUUUCGGUCAAUUGAACGAUUUGGUUGACUGCUUCACUCAAGCUUCAUUAACAAGCAGCAACGAUGACCAAUUGCCCAUGCGAACGAGCGCUAGUCUUGAGCACAAUUUAUUAAGUACAACCGUGGAUAACAACUUCCAGGCAGAAAAGACGUUACGCCAAUGUCAUAGCGAUAACGAUAUUCGUCCUCGGAAACCAAAGGUCAAGAAACCCUUUCACAAAAAAUCGGUUCGUUUUGCCGACAGCUUAGGCAUGCAAUUAGUCACCAUCUACGAACUAUCAUCGCAAUCAGUAGUAGCAGAAAGCAACAAUAAUUCAAAAGCAUCGCCUACUGACGCGACUAAGAACCUUGCGUCCAACCAACAUCAGCAUCGUCAAACGAAUUGCUGCACAGAAAUACGCAAAGUGAAUUUAUUCGACUUUAAAUGUACUAUCGUCGAUCAAGCUAUGAAUAGAAAUUAUUGUAAAUUAAACAAGACGUUAAAAUUAUGUUUCGAUCAGCCAGCACUGGAUAACAAUUUCACUUCCAACCUGAAGAAAAAUUUUAUCCAAUUAGAAAAAGUCACACUGAAAGAACAACUGCGUGUGAUUGGUGAUGUGAAAGUUAGAAAUAUUGCCUAUGAAAAAGCUGUCACGGUCCGAUAUACUUUGGAUUCUUGGAAAACAUGCAAUGACAUGGCUGCUCAAUAUAAGUGUAGUUCGGAGAAUGGUAUUGUAGAUACUUUCUCCUUCACUUUAACUUUGCCAACUAAUUUAUUUGUGGAAAAAUUAGAAUUUGCAAUCAAGUAUGAUUGUAAUAGUACGUCUUAUUGGGACAAUAAUAAUAACCAUAAUUACGUUAUCAAGGUCAUUUCAGUAAAAGAUGAAAGCGAUUCUCGAUUAAAUUCUAGUGGAAUGGCACUUUUGAAUCAUAGAAUGAGCCAUCAUUUCUUAUGA